AUGCGUGGGACCGCCAGGCUUUUCUCGCCUCCAACUUAUUUGGCUGGAUGCCGUGCAUGUACUUCUGCAUUGCUCUGUCCUAAGUUCAUCUACAAUAGUCCAAAACGCUUUUCACGAUCGUCUCCCAUGUUUGUAACACCCACCUUAAAUUAUGCCUCCACCAGCGGCCUCCUCUGUCCAUCAUCUGGACAAACGGAUUCGCACUCAUUUGGACCCGGUUACAUGCACAUCAAUUCCACCACCGGACCACCUGUCAUCAAGUCCCAUGUGUUACAAACUCAGGGGAUUUCGACCACCAACUUGCAGAGACCAGCAUAUCCCUCUUAUUAUGCGCCAUUUUUCGCCCAAUCGGGCUAUUCCUAUCCUCUGGAGGCUCCUCCAGGCCAAUCUGAGCAUUAUUUCCUGCCUUCCAUCCUCUCGACACUGUCACCAACGGCUUGGUGCUCAGAAGCCGGUCAACCUCUUUGUUUCCGGCAGCCGAACUCUCUGCCCAUCGUCUAUGGCUUCGCCGGCCCACAGACAGUCUACUCGGGCCAGGCCAACCUACCUUAUCCAUGCUGUCCUGUUGGUGAUAGACGAAGAUUCUCAGACUUUCACAUGCGAAGUCUGAUCUCAAAGCCAAGGCCUCUUAAGCGCCUUAAACGUUUUUUUGUCUCAUGUUUCUCUUGUCUGAACUGUCCACCUUUAUGCAUACGGAUUAAUCAUACCUCUGCUCCUGAACCACUUGAUGGACAAUCGAAGUUACGGUCUGACUUGAGAAUUAUCGCCUGUCCGAACUCCAGAAUGCUCCCGCCCAUCCCAUUUCCCCUCAAUCCCGUUCACUUCUCCAGUCGCCAUGUUGCUGCUCCCAGCCGAGCGGCUGGACAAAAAUACGCCUUUGUGGGCAGCCGGCUAGACCUCUCGCGCUUGACCGGGGACUUAACUCCACCCCUCGGCAUUUACUCAAACCAAUCUUUAGAGAGCCUGGAAUUCCACCUUUUGGAGAAACGUUGCAUGUCAAAUAAUGAAGUUUAUCGAAUUGGCAACGACCAAUUAAUGCCAUAUGAAAUCACCUCAGGGGGCGAUUUGAAAGGAUGA